AUGGGCUUAUUUAAAAAGCAGUCCAAAGAUACGAAAACGAACGAGACUUUGUUAGUUGAUGGAGAAAGCCAAGCAGUCAAUGAGGAUAACGAGUCAGUUCAAGAGGACGGCAAUCCGGAAGAAGAUUAUGUUACACUUCUCAUGAAAGUGCGCUUAAAAUGCGGACAUAAUCUCGUUGUUCGCGAUGCUUCAGGAAGUAGUGAUCCGUACGUUAAAUUUAAAUAUAAAAAUCGAAGUUGUUUUAAAAGCACCGUUCUUCACAAAACCUUAAAUCCAGUAUGGCAAGAAGAAUUCUCUUUGCUAAUCGACGAUCCAACUUCGCCCGUUUCAGUGGAUGUCUACGACUGUGGGCGAUUCGCUACUGAUUACAUGGGCAGCGCUAUAAUUGAUAUCAGUCAUCUUCGCCUUUUUCAAGAAACUGAACUGCAACUCAAUCUGACCCGAGAAGGUGUUGAGGAGAAGUUGGGUCAAUUGGAUCUUACUGUUACAGUUAGCCCACUAACGUCAGGUGAAAAAGAUGAAUUUCUAAAAAAAUCUGUGCGCGGUAUAGUUAGCGAACGAGCAAAACGCCCAGCUAAAUCCACACAAGUUUGGACGUCUAUAGCGAAUAUUGUCUUAAUCGAAGGAAGAAAUCUGCCCUUCGCUCCGGGCACCUCGUCGCUUCCUGAUCCGCUGGUCAAGUUCAGACUUGCUUCAGAGAAGUACAAGAGUAAGCCGAUUUCAAGAACGGCAAAUCCGAAGUGGCUGGAACAGUUUGACUUGCAUUUGUAUGAGCAAUCCAAACACUUACUGGAAUUAAUGGUAAUCGACCGGCGUUCGAAUUCAAUUUUGGGAAAAUGUAACAUUGAUCUGGAUGAAUUACGAAGCGAAACACCUAAUCAGCUGCUUUGCGACCUCGACCCCAACGGAGGUUCCAUAUUAUUACUUAUCGCGAAAACUGGAACAACAUCAAUCGAACAGGUCAAUGAUUUCGCUGAAUAUACUAACAAUGACAUACGCAAUGCAACUAUUCAAAAAUAUGGUUUGCUAAGAACAUUUGAGAAUAUUGGAAAUAUAGGACAUCUUAUCGUAAAAGGUUUGCAUCAUAUUAAAGAAAUAGUUAAUCUAGUUUUUCGAGCUCGUGAUCUACUUGUGGUUGAUACAGCCAAUAAAAUUCAUCCAUUUGCUGUUCUCGAAUUAGUUAACGCACGACUGCAAACACAUUCAGUCAAGGCUUCGAACCCCGAAUGGAAUAAAUUGUUUACUUUCACAAUUCGUGAUAUCCAUUCAGUCCUCGAAAUUACUGUUUACGACGAAGACGUUAAUAAGAAAACUGAAUUUCUUGGCAAAGUUGUGAUACCUUUGUUAAAAAUUCGUAACUGUGAAAAACGGUGGUAUGCACUAAAAGAUAACAAAUUGAUAUCACGGACAAGGGGGCAAAUAUUACUGGAGAUGGAUGUAAUAUGGAAUCCGAUUCGUGCAGCGAUCAGAACGUUUAGUCCAAGAGAAUCCAAAUAUAUGCAUGUUGAGCCCAAGUUUAAGCGCCAACUGUUCAUGAACAACUUUAAUAGGCUAACUCUUCCCCAGGACGAACGCCUAACUGGUCAAAAUAAUAAUCUUGUUUAUGUCAUGCGUUCAGUUUGGAAUGUAUUUGUUUCUAUCACAUAUUUCAUCGAAUUGUAUCAUAUUCCACUUUGCCUGCUGAUUCUCUUUCUAAGACCACCUACAGUGCAGCAAAAUAUCAUUCGAAAUUCUUCACAGACAAAUGUUCCGUUAGAAUAUCCUGGUUCUGGAUCCGAGGAUGAGGAGGAUUUAGCUGAUACGGGUGAAAAGAAUCCAACGACGUUAAUGCAGCGUUUGAAUACAGUGCAGGAAACGUUAGCGAUGGUUCAAAAUACGUUAGAUUAUUUGGCUUCGUUACUGGAGAGAAUAAAAAACACAUUCAAUUUUACUCAACCAUAUUUAUCUCUACUCGCAAUCGUUAUUCUUAUUUUCGUUACAAUAAUUCUUUAUGCUGUUCCUCUACGAUGGAUUAUAAUUAUCUGGGGUGUCAAUAAAUUUACCAAAAAAUUACGUAAUCCAAAUUAUAUUCCGAAUAAUGAAUUACUCGAUUUUCUCUCGAGAGUUCCUUCAGACGGCGAAUCGAAGGCGUAUAGCGAGAUGAUAACAGAAAGUGUCGAAUUACCAAAUGAAAAUUUUCAAAGAAUCAAGAAUACCUUCUAA